AUGGCCGGUACAUUUUUAUUUACUUCUGAAUCAGUUGGUGAAGGUCACCCAGAUAAGAUCUGUGACCAAGUCUCUGACGCCAUCUUGGACGCUUGUUUGGCCGAGGACCCUCACUCCAAGGUUGCUUGUGAGACCGCGGCAAAGACCGGUAUGAUUAUGGUCUUCGGCGAAAUUACUACAAAGGCGCAAUUGGACUACCAAAAGAUCGUCAGAGACACCAUUCAAAAGAUCGGCUACGAUGAUUCCGCCAAGGGUUUCGACUACAAGACCUGUAACGUUCUUGUCGCAAUCGAACAACAAUCCCCAGAUAUCGCUCAAGGUGUCCACGAAGAAAAAGACUUGGAAGACAUCGGUGCCGGUGAUCAAGGUAUCAUGUUUGGUUACGCUACAGAUGAAACCCCAGAAGGUCUGCCUUUGACUAUUCUUCUGGCCCAUAAGUUGAACAUGGCCAUGGCCGACGCCAGAAGAGAUGGGUCCUUGCCUUGGUUGAGACCAGACACCAAGACCCAAGUCACCGUCGAAUACAAGAACGACCACGGUAGAUGGAUCCCACUGAGGAUCGACACCGUAGUCGUAUCUGCUCAACACGCCGACGAGAUCACCACCGAGGACUUAAGAGCCCAACUGAAAUCCGAAAUCAUCGAGAAAGUCAUUCCAAAGGACAUGUUAGAUGAAAACACCAAAUACUUCAUUCAACCCUCCGGUAGAUUUGUCAUCGGUGGUCCUCAAGGUGACGCUGGUUUGACCGGUAGAAAGAUCAUCGUUGACGCCUACGGUGGUGCUUCCUCUGUCGGUGGUGGUGCCUUCUCCGGUAAGGACUACUCCAAGGUCGACCGUUCAGCCGCCUACGCCGCCAGAUGGGUCGCCAAGUCGCUCGUCGCUGCUGGUCUAUGUAAGAGAGUCCAAGUCCAAUUCUCGUAUGCCAUCGGUAUUGCCGAGCCAUUAUCCUUGCACGUCGACACCUACGGUACCGCUUCCAAGUCCGACGAGGAAAUCAUUGCAAUCAUCAGCAAGAACUUCGACUUAAGACCUGGUGUGUUAGUCAAGGAACUGGACUUGGCUAGACCAAUCUACUUGCCAACCGCCUCUUACGGUCACUUCACUAACCAAGAAUACCCAUGGGAAAAACCAAAGACUUUGAAAUUCUAA